AAUAAACUAAAAACAAACGUGGAUCAUACCAAAGUUCACUAGUUAAAUGUACGAUAUAUAACUUGCGUAUUUAGUUCUUGUAAGUGAAGACCAAUCUCACCCCGAAAAUUUCUGCACUAUUAACUGUCUGCCUGAAAUGUCUAAUAAAAUGCAUGAACUUGUACAUUACUAUGUGGGAAUAGAUGUGGGAAGCGCAAGUGUGCGUGCAGCCUUAGUGGACCAGUUUGGCACAGUGCUGGCACUGGCCGAACAACCAAUCCAGAUUUGGGAACCCCAGCCUCAUCACUAUGAGCAGUCAUCAGAAGACAUCUGGAAUGCUUGCUGCAUUGUCUGCAAGACUGUUGUGCAAGGAAUUGACAUUAACCGUAUCCGAGGCCUAGGAUUUGAUGCAACCUGUUCUCUUGUAGUGUUAGAUGACCAGUUUCGUCCUUUGGCAGUGAAUGUUGAAGGGGAGCACAAUAGGAACAUUGUCAUGUGGAUGGAUCACAGAGCAUUUUCACAGGCAGAGAGAAUUAAUCAGACAAAGCACAGUGUCCUGGACAGCGUGGGUGGAACAAUGUCUGUUGAAAUGCAGCCACCUAAGCUUCUCUGGAUAAAAGAAAAUCUAAAAGAAACUUGCUGGAAAAAAGCAGCCCACUUUUUUGAUCUACCAGACUUUCUUUCCUGGAAAGCAACUAGCUCACUGACCAGGUCCCUGUGUACCUUAGUCUGCAAAUGGACGUACAAGGCUGACAGCGGAUGGGAUGACAUCUUUUGGGAAUUAGUUGGAUUAGAGGAGUUCACUAAGGAUGGACAUGCAAAAAUAGGAAACCACGUCUUGUCUCCAGGAUCUCCUGUUGAAUAUGGUUUGUCACCAGAAGCUGCCAAAGAUUUGGGUUUAUCUCCAGGGACUGCAGUUGCAGCAUCACUUAUUGAUGCACAUGCUGGUGGAUUAGGUUUGAUUGGAGCAGAUGUAAGAGGAUACAGUCUACCUUGUGAGGGCCAGCCAAUUACAUCUCGCCUUGCUCUUAUCUGUGGUACAUCUUCCUGUCACAUGGCAAUAAGCAAGACACCCAUUUUUGUUCCUGGUGUCUGGGGUCCAUACUAUUCAGCAAUGGUUCCUGGAUUUUGGCUGAAUGAAGGAGGUCAAAGUGCAUCAGGAAAACUGAUGAACCACAUUGUCCAAGGUCAUGCAGCAUUUUCAGAACUGGAAGUCAAAGCCAAGUCAUGCGGUCAAAAUAUUUAUACAUACUUGAACAGUCACCUGGAACUGAUUAAGGGAAGUUUGCCUGCGGGUUCCCUUACUGUUGAUUUACAUGUUUGGCCUGAUUUCCAUGGCAACAGAUCCCCUUUGGCUGAUCCAGCACUAAAGGGCAUGGUGGUUGGACUGACUUUGUCUAACAGUCUGGAUAAUCUAUGCUGCCUUUACCUUGCCACUAUUGAAGCUAUUGCAUUGGGAACAAGGCAUAUUCUAGAAACAAUGCAGGCCGCUGGGCACAAAAUAACUUCUCUGUUCAUGUGUGGGGGCUUAAGCAAGAACCCACUCUUUGUACAGAUUCAUUCUGAUGUUACUGGCAUGCCCGUUGUCUUGUCCAGAGAGGUUGAGUCUGUUUUAGUGGGAUCUGCAAUACUCGGAGCAUGUGCAUCUGGUGAUUUCAGCUCAAUUCAGAACUCUGGCCUUCUUGCUGCAACCUGGUCUACCCAGCUGGUCAGCCCUUCGGUUUUGUAAAUCAUCACACCCGUAAGAACACUGCUAGCUAGAGCAGGUUAUAUCUGUCACGUUGACCCAACUCCUGCCAGAUGGCGAUCUUUUUCCAGGCAGUGCAUCAUGAACAUGCUUCAGUCUUAUCCAGAUGUGAAUCAUGCAGAAGGUGGAGUGUGGAGAGUGAUCAUGGUCUCCUUAUCAGACCAGCUAGGAGAGUGGCCUUGUGACUUCACAGGAGUUGCCAUCUUUCAAAGAGCCUGAACAAAAUUAGGAAAGUCUGUUUUGCUAGUGUGGUCAUUACAACACCUGUUGAUACUAGCGACAAGUUUUGUAUAAACAAAACUGUUUUGUCUUGUAAAGUUUUUUUUUCUUAAAGGAAACCACUUACCUUUCCCAUCCAUGCUUCAUAAAAAUGGAAAUAGGUGAUUAAUACUUUUUAUUGAUAAUGCUUAUUGAUAAAAGUUAUUUGUGGUGAUUAAUAAUUUUUUAUUGAUAAUGCUUAUUGGUAAAAGUUAUUUGUUUUGUACCCUAACACCAUUAUGUGUCAUGUAGUACAGUGGAUUUUUUUUUUUUUGGAGGGGGGAAUAAAUGUCAUAAUGUGUCUUACUUUUAAGUUUUAUAAAGUUAUGACUUGCAUGAGGUGCUAGGAGGUGACAAGGAUUACACUUAAAAUUGCUACAAACCUGGUAUUUAGAUGACUUAAUUUCUUUUUUAACUACAUUCUGAUUUUGGCUAGUCUAUGGCCAUUUACGUGUUCCUAAGGAAAGCUUGGGAUUACUGCAGAAUGCUGAGGACUUCAAACCAUCUGUAGUGCAUCCAUGUCAGUAUUAAAUACAUUCAUGUUCAGUUGAAUGUGUCACAAUUGGCGAAAUUCUCUGGUAUACCUAGGGACAUAUUUACGUAUUAUUACAAUUCACAGACAUGCAUAUAAAUUAGCCUAUUUUGUAUGUAACACAUGUAAAUGGUUCUGAAUUUUUGCCAGUAAGUUGAACAUCAUCAUAGUAAUUCGCCAAUAGCCAAGAUAGGUGGCAAAUGCAGUAGGAUACUGCAAACUUACUAUAGUAAGGAAAUAUUUUUAAACAUAUUAUCAUUUAACAAGAACUACUUCAAAAUAUUAUUUCAUUAUUGAUUUAAGAUUAAUUUGCAAUGAACUUACAUGUAUGCUGUGCGUGUUAUGAUAGCAUUGACUGAUUGGCAAAUUUCAGUCAUUUUGAAGUUGGAUUUCAUGAUAGCAGCAGUGGAAAUGACUAAUGAUGGCAGAAAAUGAUCAUUACUCUGGUGUAAUUUACUGAUUGUACGUACAUGGGUAUAAAUUCAGUAAUUUAGUGCAGAAGUUUCACUUUCCUAAGGAUAUGAACAGGCAGAUGUGAAGAAUCUGAAUUUUGUGAAUGAUAAUGAGGAAUAAAACAUGGCAUUAUUAUCAGUACAUGACAAUGGCAGAGGAUAGGGCAAGGAUGCUUUUUUGUGACAAAAGCAAUUGCAUUCAUGACCUGAAUGAACUGUAGGUAACAUAUUACAAUUUUACCUGGCUGUAUUGAGAUUUCUUUUAGUUGAUUAUAUUGGGCUGUGUUAAGUAACAAUUAUUGUGGGUGACAGGAAUACUUGGCCAGUGUUUUGUACUUUAAAAGUUGAUUACAUACAAACAUUACUGUCACACUUUCAGACUAUGGCCUUUUAUAUUUUUGGUUUGUUUUGAUUUACAUGUCGUACUAAUGGAAAAUAAGGGAUCAAAGCACAGAAAGGAUAACUUCAGCCAUGAGGAAACUUGUGUCCUCACCGCAGCACUUAGGGAAUAUGGAAAACUUCUUUUUGGUAAAGGAGGGCCCAGAUAAGCCAAAAGGAACAAGGCCUGGAGUCAAGUAGUUGUUGAAAUCAGUGUAGUUAAAGGCAGAAACCGAACACUGGCACAGUGCAAGAAAAGGGCAAAUGAUAAAUGAUAUGGUAGCACACGCUAGAAGCAAGGUCAAGUAAAAAUGCAACUCCCGUACCACUACGGGAGGUUGCAAAUCUUAUUCAAUUAAAUCUAGAUGAGGAAUACCUUUUGUCCAUCCAUGGUGAUGACUGUGACACAGAAGGUGAUGGAACAGGAAUAAUUUGAGGUGAUAUGGACACAGUUCCACCUUACCAGUGUCUGCAGCAACAGCAACACUCAACUGCUCAUGAAGAUUGGUUUAAAAUCUGUAACACAUUUUAUAU